AUACUAACUAGUACGCAGACCUUCUCGCUGACUCUAAUUAUCCCAAUUGUAGCCACUGUAUGCGCCUGCAGCACCUUCUCUCCCUCGCAGACCCUCGCCUCUACACACGCACCAAUCUCCGCGUUCGUUCCCACUGGCGCACCAUGGCCGCCGCCGCGCCCCCGCCCAACCGGCCGAUUAAGAUCCUAAUGCUGCACGGCUACACGCAAUCCGGACCUUUAUUCCAAGCCAAAACAGGCGCUCUCCGCAAAACCCUCAACAAAGCCUUCCCCAAAGGCAUCGAACUCGUCUACCCCACCGCCCCGAUCCGCCUCACACCCACCGACUUCUCCCUCAUCACCGGCGCCGUCACCGACCGCACCUCCGCCCCGGACGCCGACGAAGAAAUCGACGCCUGGGCCUGGUGGCGCAAACGCAGCACCAGCGACGGCUCCUACCUUUUUGACGGGCUAGACGAAGGGUUCGCGCAUAUUGCCUCCAUCCUAAAAGACCAGGGUCCGUUCGAUGGCGUAGUCGGAUUUUCCCAGGGCGCAGCCGCAACAGCCAUGGUGGCGUCGUUGCUGGAACCCAAGCGCAAGGAAGCAUUUGAUGCGCAGCACGCUGCUGGUACCGGAAUCCCGUUCCCCGCCUCCUUCGAGGGGAACAUCCAUCCACCGCUCAAAUUCGCAGUUUCAUACAGCGGAUUUGCGGCGAUUCCACCCCCACAGCAAGAUGGCAGCACACCGACAUCGCAGUACAUGGCGUUUUACGAACCGGAGAUUGAGACCCCGAUCUUGCAUUUUCUGGGGACACAGGAUGUGGUGAUUGAGGAGGCGAGGAGUCUGGCGCUGGUGGAGCGGUGUAAGAGGAAAGAGGACAAGUACGUCGUGUAUCAUCCUGGGGGCCAUUUUUUGCCGAGUACGCAGAAGGCGAGUGUGAAUGCGUUGGUGGGGUUUAUUAGGGAGGUGCUUUGGGAGCAGGAGGGCGCGAAGGAGGAGGAUGAUUUGGAAGAUAUUAUGGGACAUUUUAAUAAGAAUCCUGUGGUGGGGGAGCAUGAGGCUAAGUUUCAUCUUUGAGAGUGUUUGCUUUUGGGGAUGACGUCCAUAGAGCGAAAGAACAUAGGUUAGAUAUAGAUUGCCUCCAUUUACUAGAUAUAUUAUCUUUAGAUCGCAACGAAGACAUGUCUGUUGAACACGAAGCCAAGAUUAGAG